AAGAAUUUGCGUAAACGUAACAUCCGUUCGAACGAUCACGCAACAGAAAUAUAUUUUCAAUUCAAAACUAAAUUUUAUUCAUAACACGCCGUAAGUCAGCAAGAGAAAGAUCUCAAAGUUUUCAACCUGCAAAAUAAAGAAAACAAAAUGGAGAAAUCGCAUCUAACGUGUCUUGGUGUUAUUUUGCUCUCCUUAACAUUGUGCACGGAUGCAUCGAGCACAUGCAGUUGCUCCAGUGGUGAGAGUUCGUGUCAAAAAGAGGAGAAACGGACCAUCAGACAAUGCACUUACACUAAUCUGAGAGAUGACAGAAAUUCGGGACAAAUCAUGACAUGUGAUUUCAGAAAGACUCGCUCUGACACAGCUCUGCGUGUUACCUACCAGGGAGAUUUGAGAGUAAUAAGUGGCAAUAACGUUUGUCGACGUUGGUUCUUGACAAUCAAUGGCAGAGAAUGUCAAUCACCUGCUACAAUUGAAACUCAAAUCCACCCUAUUGGAGUCUCCGGCCUGAAUAACCAUCGCCCUGCUACUGUGGAUGGUUUUUGUGAGGGUAUUAAGCAAGGUCGUAUCAUUGUUGGUCUCUCUGUUGGUAGUUGUAAAUAUGGUUACGAAAGCCAGGCAGGUGAUGCCUACACUUGCUGGGGUUCAGUUUGUCGUAUUAUCAUUGAAGAAGUGCCGCCAUUGCAAUGA